ACUCAGAAGUGAGGGUUUCACUUCCCUUUUUGUUCUCUGACUAUAUCCGGGACCAGAAGGUGUGCGGGGUUUAUUGCAGAGACAUUCAGAAGGCGGCUGCAUCUGCAGAGCUGAGGACAGGGCGAAACGCCACCUUCUUCCAGCCUGACACAGACGGGUGAGCUGAAGGGACAUCUCUGAGACCCUGCUGCUGGCAACAUGAGCUCAGAAGAUCCCAAGGACUGCUCAGAGAGCCAAAGCUUUUAUAAGGAUGUCUUAGAGUACUUCCAGAAGAAUAUGAGUUUGGAAGAACUGCUAUCCCUGCUCACUGAAGAUGAACCCUGGGAGAAUCUUGUGACCGAGGCCAAUUUGUCCAGGGAAGGUGCAGAUGGACUCAGUGAGUAUCUGAUCAAGCAGCUAACAAUCUUGUCCGGGAAGGACCAAGACAGGUCCCAAAAAUAUCACCAGGAAAAGGAGAGGUUUUUGAAGGAGUUUCCUCAGGUAAAACAGGAGCUGAAGGAGAACAUAAAAAAGCUCCGUGAGCUUGCAGACAAAGUUGACAAGGUGCACAGGGACUGCACCAUCGCCAAUGUGGUGGCCUCCUCCACCGGCAUUGUGUCUGGUGCCCUGAGCAUCCUAGGCGUGGUUCUGGCACCCUGUACAGCAGGCCUCAGUCUGGGACUCUCAGCCGCUGGAUUAGGGCUGGGAACAGCAGCUUCUGUAACAAGUUUUUCCACCAUGUUGGUGGAAUCUAUAAACACAUCAUCGGCAGAAAACCAGGCCAGUUCCCUUAACACAGCCAAAACAAAAUAUGCAAAACUUCCCAAAAAAAUUAAAGACUUUGGGAAGGAUAUUCAAGUCAUCAGGGAGGCCAGAUUCAAAAGUGAAUUAGUAGUCACUGGUCAGACAUACAUAGUCACUGGGCAGGUGAAAAGUCAUUUUACAGGCCCAGCUCUGGCAGGGUCUAGAGCAGUCCGCAUCGGGAGUGGAGUCCUGUCAGGUUUACUCAUGGCGCUGGACGUGUACAACCUGGUGAAAAAUGCACGGGACUUGCAGGAGGGGGCAAAGACAGCAUCGGCUGAGAACAUGAGGCAGAAAGCCCGGGAGCUGGAGAAGAAGUUGGAGAAGCUCACCUGGAUCUAUGAGAGUCUGCAAUAGGGCCCGGCUGGGCCACCCCUAGAACAAUGCAGGGACCAGGGACAUCUUUAGGGUCAAGAGGAGAAACCACGUAUUUUGGACUGAAGAAGACAUUGAGGGAAGAAUAAGGGAGAGACAGGGAGCCUAGCAAUGAGAGGCCAGGAAUAGGGGAGCUUUGAAAAUGGGAGAAAGCCAAAGAGUUAGGAUUGUAGAGAUCCUGCACAAGUAGCAGGGGCUCCUCUAUCGCCCUCCCCAGUGUCGGAUAUUCCAGCAAGAAGGGUUUCCCCCUGGUGAUGGUCUCUACCCCUACUUCUCCAGCAUCAGCUCACCUUUGAACUCAGUAGGAAGUGACUUGUUUGUUUCCAUGUUUAAUUAAAGUAUAGUUGAUUUACAAUAUUGUAUUAGCUUCAGGUCUAUAGCAAAGUGAUUCCAUUAUAC